AUGACAGGAAAUCACUCUACAGUGGUGGAGUUCAUUCUCAGAGGAUUAACUAACCAAACAGAGCUCCAGAUCCCUCUAUUCCUCCUCUUCCUGGGAAUCUACAUAGUCACCAUGGUGGGGAACCUAAGCAUGAUCACCCUGAUUUGUCUCAGCCCACAGCUUCACACACCCAUGUACUUCUUCCUCAGUAACUUGUCAUUAGUGGAUCUCAGCCACUCCUCUGCCAUUACUCCUAAAAUGCUGGUCAACUUUGUGUCCCAGAAGAACAUCAUCUCCUAUGUGGGGUGCAUGUCUCAGCUCUACUUAUUCCUUGUUUUUGUCAUUGCUGAGUGUUACAUGCUUACGGUCAUGGCUUAUGACCGCUAUGUGGCCAUCUGCCAGCCCUUGCUUUACAACAACAUCAUGUCACAUGCUGUCUGCUCUGUGCUGGUGGCUGUGGUCUACACUAUGGGACUCAUUGGAUCAACAAUAGAGACUGGCCUCAUGUUAAAUCUGAGCUAUUGUGAGGUCCUCAUCAACCACUACUUCUGUGACAUCCUCCCUCUUAUGAAGCUCUCCUGCUCUAGCACCUAUGAUGUGGAGAUCAUUGUCUUUUUUAUAGCUGGAUUCAACAUUGUAGCCACCAGCAUAACAGUCCUUGUUUCCUAUGUCUUCAUCUUGUCCAGCAUCCUCCACAUCGGCUCCACUGAGGGCAGAUCCAAAGCCUUCAGCACCUGCAGCUCUCACUUUGCAGCUGUGGGACUCUUCUAUGGAUCAUGUGCCUUCAUGUACUUAAAGCCCUCCACAGCCAGUUCCCUGGCCCAGGAGAACAUGGCCUCUGUGUUCUACACCACAGUGAUCCCCAUGCUCAACCCCCUGAUCUACAGCCUGAGGAACAAGGAGGUCAAGGCUGCCCUGCGCAAGACCCUAAGGAGAAAACUCUUAUGA